UCCGUUCCCGCUGUUGCUCGGAAGAGCGUCCGGGUUCAUUGAACCGAAACGCGCUCCCUCUUCCUCCGCGAUCGAUCCAUCUUCAAACGUAAGAGUAGAAGCUCUCUCCAUUUCCUCGCUCCAAUUUCAUAGCCAAAAGAGAAAAUUAAAAAAAAAAAAAAGAAAUUAAUCGCCAUGGCUUCGGCGAUCUCUUCGAUCUCCUCGCACUCGAGCGCCCCUCGCGAUCGCAAAGUGCUCCAGAUGAAGCAAUUUGAGCCGUCGAUCGCACAGUCGACGGCGAUCGGCGCCUCGCGGGGGAGACGGUGGGUGGUGAGCAGGCCGAUCUACGCAGCGGCACCACCACCGCCGGCGACGGCGCCACCGCCGGCGGCGGCGCUACCGCAUGCGGCGGCGGUGGCGGCGGUGGAGGAGGAGGAGGUGGUGGUGGAUUACGAGAAGCUGGCGAAGGGGUUGGAGAGCGCUUCGCCUCUGGAGAUUGUGGAUGAAGCUCUUAAGCGAUUCGGAGGCGACAUUGCCAUUGCUUUUAGUGGAGCUGAGGAUGUGGCGUUGAUAGAAUAUGCCCGGUUGACGGGCCGACCAUUCAGGGUCUUCAGCCUCGACACCGGACGACUAAACCCAGAGACCUACAGGUUCUUCGAUGCCGUAGAGAAGCACUACGGCAUCCACAUCGAAUACAUGUUUCCCGAUGCGGUAGAAGUUCAAGGCCUUGUGAGAAGCAAGGGCCUCUUCUCCUUCUAUGAGGAUGGGCACCAAGAAUGCUGCAGUAUAAGGAAGGUUAGACCCUUAAAGAGGGCUCUGAAGGGUCUUAGGGCUUGGAUCACUGGUCAAAGGAAAGAUCAGUCCCCUGGCACUCGAGCACAUAUCCCUCUUGUCCAGGUUGAUCCUUCCUUUGAAGGGAUGGGUGGUGGGAUUGGGAGCUUGAUUAAGUGGAACCCGCUCGCUACUGUCGAAGGAAAGGAUAUUUGGAAUUUCAUCAGAACCAUGGGUGUGCCGGUGAACUUAUUACAUUCACAGGGUUAUGUCUCGAUUGGCUGCGAGCCGUGCACCAGACCAGUCCUGCCCGGGCAACACGAGAGGGAAGGAAGGUGGUGGUGGGAGGAUGCAAAGGCUAAGGAGUGUGGACUCCACAAGGGGAACAUCAACGCAAACGGGUCCCAAGAGGUUGUCAUUAACAGGGAUGGGGCUCUUCGCACCAACUCUGUAAAUGGCGUGGCGGACAUCUUUGAGACCCAAGCUAUAGUCAACCUUCACAGGCAGGGAAUUGAUAACCUACUAAAGCUGGAAAAUAGGGUGGAACCUUGGCUUGUCGUCCUCUAUGCCCCUUGGUGCGGCUUUUGCCAGGGAAUGGAAACAUCAUUUGUUGAAUUGGCAGAGAAGCUCUCUGGUUCAGGUGUUAAAGUGGGAAAGUUCCGGGCUGACGGGGAUCAGAAGCAAUUCGCGCAGAAGGAGCUGCGGUUGGGAAGCUUCCCCACAAUUAUCUUCUUCCCAAAGCAUGCAUCUAGGCCUGUAAAGUACCCUUCCGAGAGGCGAGAUGUCGACUCGCUCCUCGCUUUCGUCAAUGCCCUCCGAUGAUCGGAGAUUCGGGUUUGAACGGCUUUUACCUCUCUUUCGAUCAGGUUUUGCAGAUACACCAAGUUUGAUCAGCGACUCAGAGGGUUUUUACGUCCUGUGAAGUUGAAGAUGGUGGGUUCAGAGUGAGAUCUUAUCAUAGGACUAACGAGAGUUAGCUUCAAGUUUUCCUUUCCCUUUUUUCCUUUUCCCCUUUUUUUUAUUGUGAUGUGGUUUAGCAUUAGUCUUUUGCAUCUUUGCAUUUAGUAAAGGAAUGAGUGACCAGUCCAAUUUCUUUUUGUAGCUUAGAUGAACUGUCCUACGUUUGUGUUGAUCAACCAUUUUCUCUGGACAAGUUGAUAGUAGGAAUGUUCCCACAUGGACAAAUCCUAGUACUCUAUAACAACAUGGAAGUGAAAGUCUCUAGUGUCACAAUCAUAUCACUAGGCAUCAAAUAUUAUUACAUCACAGAAAAUUUAUUAA